AUGUCUGAAAAAAAGAAUAUACAAUUCUCUUCAUUCUAUUUAAAAAACCAUGAUCAACAAAAUAACGACAAGUCUUUUGUCACGAAUUCAUGUCAGUUUGAUGGCAAUACGUCGAGCUACGUUGUUGAAGUUGCGGACGAAAAUGGUACUGCGAUUCAAGAUGGAGACGUAUCCGGAAGUUCUAUCGGUCACCAAGAAAACGAAUCAAAACUAGAAGACAUAGAGAUCGAAUCUAAUUACGAAUCUGAGCAAGUGCUAGAUCUCUGUGAAAUUAUUCCCGGACUUUAUCGCUUAUUAGAUUUGUGCAAAGAUGAAGGAUCAAAUGGCCUUGUGGAUAAAAUUAUAAUUUCACAACAACACGUGGAACGUCUUUGUCAUGAACUGGUGCCAAAUAGUUUCAAAUCAAUUUCCAAAAUCGACUAUAAAAAAUUGAACUCUAAGCGUGUUCGUCUCGUCGGAUGCUAUGGUCGUAAUGAAAUGAUUGCGAACUUUUUAUUAAGAAAGAAUAUUAUUGAUCAAACAACUUACGGAUGGUUGAUAGCAUCGGUAAGUUCAAAAAAUGCUCACGGGGUCAAUUCAAUAAAUAUCGCUUUGAGACCUGGCAUAUAUCUUCUUAAAUUGCCUUCGGUUGAAGCUAAUGCGAGCAAUUUCGAACACCAAUUCUUGGUAAUACACUGGAGCGAGGAUGGUUGUUAUGAAGAUUCUGCUUCCUCGUAUCAUAAAAAGAAUCUUUCUAAUAUUCAUAGAUACCUUACAAAACUUACCGAAAAUCAAAUAUGCGUAAUGAGUGAAACGGACUUGGACAAUAUUAACUGGCAAGAAGACGAUUGUGAUGAAAACGACAUAUGCUAUGACUUUGAGGUAAAAAAAAGUCAGGAGCAAAAAGAAAAUUUCGAGCUUUAUCCUGGAUUUGAGAUUCAUAUUCCAAAGAUCAGCACACAAAGAAAUAGUUUGACUAACGGAGGCAUUCCUUCACCUCCUUUGAUCGUUGAAUCAGUUUCAAAUCAAACAUUGCUUACUCGUGAAUUCUUUCCCACGAGUAAAGAGACUAAAGAAGACAACAAAAGAUUUGACUCUAUUGAAAAGCUUCGAGAAUAUUUUAAGAUGAAACUUGAAACACAAAAAUGCGCACUUCACUUAAAUCGUCAAGCGUUGAAAAUGGAAAAUCUAGAGAUUAUUGUCAAAGACUGCUUAAACAUGCCCGAACUCUUUGUACCGUAUAAUGAUGCUAUGAAAGCGUUGAACAUAGAAAAAUCCAAAGAAAUAGCUGAAGCAAAAGAACCGAUUAAGAAAAAGGCUGAUAUUAUGGAGAAAAUAGCUUGGCAGCUUUUACACGAUUCGUAUAGCCGGUUUGAAGAAAGGAUAACAGGUGUGAAUCCAGGUCUUAAUCCAAACCAGACAGUGGAACCGGUUGAUGAUGCGAAAUUACGAGAUGAAUAUCCACAUAUAUGUAGUGAAAUUCAAGCAGCUGUAAAACGUAUCAACAAUGUUUCAUGGCAAGGGAUCAAAAAGAGAUAUAUUUUUGCAAGGUUAUGCACCAUUUACAACCAAACUUCAUUAAACAGUAAAGGGUUCACACUUUUGGAUAUUUUUUUCGAUGAAACUAAAGAUCUUCAUUCACUUAUAAAAAAAUUAAUACAAACCGGAAAAGAAGGAAAAGUCAAGAAAGUUAUUAAUUUCAUCAUUGGUGGUAAAAUAAAAAAGAGCGCUUACGAAAUAUUUAUAAGCCUCGAUGAACAAGAAAAGUUGAUUUCUGAUGACGUCUUUACCAGACAACUUAUUGAAGAUAACGUUGAUAUGCGUAUAUUAUUAGAAUUCUUCAAAAAAUAUGAGAGUUGGCGAAAGAAUAUAUUCUCCAGCAUAGUAAAGACUAUUUCGCAAAAAAUUUUGAGUCAUGACUAUAUUUCGACUCGUAUUACACCCAUCGAGGAUAAAUUCCGUCUGAAGGAGUGUGAUAUCCAAUCCGAAAAUGUGAAAAGAAUUUGCACUGAAACUGAGUCGAAAUAUCCCAACGGCGCACUUUUUUUAGUUUUAGGAUUAGAAAAACAACAAGGUGGUUUAAGUUUGAAUAAACUUUAUAAGAAAUUCUCAUGGCUUAUUUUCUUUUAUUUUCAAGGAAAUUGGCGGCAUGCACCUUAUAAACUAUUACGUAAAAUUGAAACAACUCGUCCAGAACGAUUACGAAUUACGCUUUUUCAAACUCAAUUGAGCGAGCAAGAUACGUUAGAACUUGAAAGAAAUGCGUUUCACAUACCUAAACCGAUUCUGUACACGCACGGAAAAAAUGUUUUAAUCAUUGAUCCGGAGAUCUUUGAAUUCAGGCAUAUCGCACAAUUGGGAAAAAGAUUUCUAGUAUUUCUAUGGAAUAAAAACCUCAAAAGGCUAGAAAUAUAUUUUAAUACCAUUGAUCGUUUAACAGAAACAAUAUCCCACCAAAACGCAAUCAAAAAAAUUAAUCCGGGCGAACAUUUUAUGAUUGCGGUUAACGAGCCGAAAGGAUUGAUAGGAAUUUAUAGUGCUGAAAAAGGCGUGUUAAAUACAUAUAGCUUUGAGCAAGGUCAGACCAAUUUGCAUCUUUAUUAUCGCAAUAUUCAACUCUUGCCAUGGUAUAACGAUGCGGUGCCAGAUAUCUCGCAUUUCUUUUUCAUAAAAAACACUGAGGAUAUAUGCUUUGUUGAAAGAGACGGUCGUGCCCGUAUUUACAAUUUAGUAAAUGAUAGCUUUCUUCCAGGGAUCAUACACAUCCCGCCUGAUGCUAUCAAUGUUCGUAGUACCCCUGAUGGCACAUGCAUCGUAGCUUUUGUUAAAGAAGAAGAAAUAAACGAUGAACUAAAAAUUACAAUAUCAAGGCAACUAGGUAGAAACUUUGAGAGCAAGGAUGAGAAGAAAGUUCGAUGUUACGUGUAUUUUUGCGGAAACUUUAGCCAACGUGCCAGUAAAAUUGUCGAUGUUCCUUUCACUAAAUCUCCUGAAAUAUUUCAAUUUUCCAUGUUUGAAAAUCGUCAAAUGCAUUUGACUACAAUUGAUCAAGAAAAAGGCAUUUUUAAUUCAGCCAUAGUAAAAAUUACUCACGCAAAAACGCAAUAUUGCUUCGAAAGACAACAAAAAUCUCCCAAUAAAGUUAAAGUGGAAAGUCGACAGCCAUUCGUUGUUGUUGGAAAUGAGACCUACUUUACUCGUGGUAUCCAUGUAGGGGAUUUAAUAGUGAUUGAAAAUGAAAAACAGCAAAUAAUCGAAAUUAUAAACAAUACUGCAUUAAGAGUUUCCAGUCAAUUUGUUCACAUCGAAUUUGGAGUUUGGAAAAAAUUUAGCAUUGAGACACGAACGGUCAAUGGACUUCUCGAUGUUUACUCAAUGGUAUUCACAAAAUACGCGGUGACAAGUUCAAUCGGUCGCGUAGACAAUAAUCCAUUGUCACUUACAGUUGUAUUUGAAAGAGAAACGAAGAAGCCACUCGGCCAUUUGGAAAAGUUUAAUAUCAGAUUUGCAACUUUUCAAGACCUUCACGUUAAGAAUAAUUCUAAUAUUUAUGAACUUGGCGAAUGGAUGAUCGAUUUCUUUUGCUUAAUUCCGUUACAAAUUGCUGUAACCCGUGAUAAUAAAUUUAUUCCUCUUCAGGAUGGUCUUUUUUCUUCUGAUAUAGAAAAACCAUCAGUAGAAGAAGGCAUUGGGUUUAUCGGAAGUGUCAGUAAAGCUAUUUCUUUUGGAUGGUAUGAAGCUAUCUUUGAGCAUUAUGCACAUUUAAAGGUGAAAGUUAUUUCUUCGAUGGGUGAACAAUCGUGCGGGAAAAGUUAUUUAUUAAAUCAUCUUCUCGGUUCGACUUUUGAUGGCUCUGCAAUGCGUUGCACCGAAGGAGUUUGGAUGUCACUUGUAAUAACCGACAAAAUUCUUUAUGUUGCGCUUGAUUUUGAAGGUCUUGCUAGCAUUGAAAGAACACCACAGGAAGAAACUUUUCUGCAGUUACUCAAUGCAGCACUCUCCAACCUUGUCUUAUUUAAAAGUCAGUUUGCCGUGAGUCGGGAUAUAUCUUCGAUGUUUCAACGAUUUCAAGAUAGUACCAAUUAUUUCAGAGAUGAUCCAGACAUAUUUCAGGCAAGGUUUUGCAUUAUAAUCAAGGAUGUAGCCAAAUCUGAUCACGAGGGUAUUGUUUCGGAAUUCUAUUCGAAGUUUUCGAAAAUAGUCGAUAAAGAGGAGGAAAAUAACUUUAUUACGAAGCUUUAUCGAAACAAGAUGAGCAUUAUUCCUUGGCCAGUUUUCAACGAAUCAUCCUUUUACACCACUUUCAAACAGUUAAAAAUGAAAUUAGACAACCAAGAUUCCCAAUAUAAAAAUGCGAAAAUAUUUGUAGAGAAAAUAAAGGUUUUAAUGACGAAACUAAAAGCUUGUGAUUGGGGAAGUGUUCAAGAAACAUUGAUUACAAUGCGAACACUGGAAUUGAGAAGGCUUAUGAGAAAUGCGAUAUCUCAGGGUUUUGAGCAAAAAGAAGAAGACCCAUUUUUAUCAUCAGAAAAUAUAACACAACCAGCUUAUAAUAUAAAGCAUUUAGUGGGUCGAGAUGAUGGGAAAUCGAUACUUGAUCCUGAAUCAUUCUUAUCAGAUAUUUUUAACGACAUUGACGGACCAAUUAAAUUAAUGCCUGAUGCUGGUCUUGUCUUGCUGAAAGAUGAUGUGAAUCUUGGCGAACUUUCAUUAGAAUUAAGAAAUUUCUUUGAAGAAAACAUUCAAGCUCGUGAACAAUCAUCCGAUUCUCGAUGGUUGGAUCGUUUAGAGACAUUUUACAAAUUUAUCAUCGACCGACGUGUUAAACGCGUUCAACAGUGGUUCGCUCAGAAUACUUCUCAAUUUCCGAAUGAUCACAAUGAAAUUGUCAUCGCGAAAUACGCUCUAGAACAAGAAAUUACUCAUCUCAAGCUAUUUUGGCAUUUCUGUCGUCUACGGUGUGAAAAUUGUGGACUCGUAUGUCUUAAAGCAAGCCGACAUAAUGAUAAUGAAGACGAUGCGACUCACGACUGUUUAACUGAUCAUGAAUGCUAUUCGGCCUGCCAAUUUCAAGAAACUCAUUUUGACAAAACUAUGCCAAAAUGUACAAAAUUUGCUGGACAUGAAGGAUGUCACGCUUGUUCGGCGAAACAUUCAUGCGAAGCACCGUGUAUCUAUAACGGAAAGAGAAAUUGUCAGUUAAAGUGCACAAAAGAUAUUGGCCACGAAACUAUGACAGGAAAUGAAGUCCAUUUGUGCGAAGCAACUCGUCAUUAUUGCGGUGCUCCAUGUUCAUUAAAGGCUGAUACUCGAAACGGAAAUUAUGAAUGUCGUAACACUUGCAUAAUUCCUUGUGAAGAAUUUCACCAAGUGCACAAAUGUGAGAAUGAAGUUUGUCCAAUCGAAUGCCCAAUAGCCACAUGUCGUCGGAGAUGCGAAAGUAGAAAACACUUCCAUGCAUUCGAGGAAAAUGUGGAGCAUUUUUGCGGUGAGGAGCAUCAGUGCCCUAACGAAUGCGAAGAAUUGGGAAUUUGUAAAAUUUUUACUGAACCAACCGCAAUUGUAAAGGAAGAAGCAGAAUAUGUGAAUCAAUUUGGAAGCUUUAUGUUUACUAAAUAUUCCCAAAAUGCCCAAAGACUUCCUUGUUGCAUCAAGAUACCUCCAUAUGAAUUCAAGCAUGAAGGGAAACAUGUACAUGUACACGAGAAAAUGCACAAAUGUGAUGCAACCUGUCCGGAAGAUUGGGGUGAACACGUUAAAAAACAUAAUAUUCACUUUUGCGAUGUUAAGUGUCCACAUUGCGCUUAUUAUUGUACAUUACCUUACGAUCAUAAUAGUGAACAUGACACUGUUCACGGAAAUAUGUACUUGACAACAUUCACGUGUGAAGAAGAAGAAUUCGAAUUUGAAGGACAUCGAUUGACUGUCGGUGAUAGAGGCGAUUUUGUGCUUUGUCAUAAACUUUGUGAAAAUAUAGGUCGUCAUCGUCAUAUAGAUUUUUGCAAAGAUCCGGCUGUUUGCAAAAAUCUCCCUGGUGGAAAAAAAGAAGGGUUAUUAGAGCACAUAGAGGCAAAUAUAAGUCCUGAUCCGGCUCGCAAGAAAGAUUAUAUUUCUCAUCGAGUUUUCUGGGAGAGAACUAAAUUUCGGGAUCCAUAUUUGUUGAGCAGUCGUGAAAAUUUCAAAGGAUGUGAUCAUGAAUGCGCCGACGAAAAACAUCAUAAAUCUAUUGAAACAGAUCCAAUAAAGUCAUUCUGUACUCGGGAACUAUUUCAUCCUGGAUUAGAUCCAAGUUCAAAUCCUCCAGAAAAUAUUGGAUAUAUUACAACAGACGGUCAUCAUUUCUCUUGCGAAAACCCGGCGACAGAUUUUCAUAUUGUAUUCGUUUUGGAUAGAAGUAGCUCUAUGUCUUCUGAAGACUGUAAACCUCUUCACCAAAGAUCAACAACAUCUCGUUUGCUUCGUAAUCAUCAAAAUCGAUUAGGCGCCGUCUACGAAGCAGUGCAUACUUUCUUUAGAACGCGUAAAAACUCUGGAAAAGCUACCCGCAUUGGAGCUGUAGAUCGCGAUAUAACUUCUCUGAUUCUGUUUAAUAGCGUAGCAACUGUUGUUUUUGAAAAUCAAAGCUUAUCUAAUAUAGAAGAGCUUUUAAACAAGAUGAUGAAAUUCACACCAACUGGAAAUACUUCUUACUAUGAAGGAUUAAAAAAAGCAUCUGAAAUCAUUGAAAAGUAUCACGAUCCGAAAAGAACCAACGUGAUUAUCUUUCUGUCUGAUGGUCUAUGUAAGACACCGGAAUCUGAACUACGAAAUCUUUGCCAAAGAGAGGUUAACAAAGGAACUCCGUUGUAUUUAUAUACAGUUCUGUUCAAUUCUUAUGCUGCUAAAAGUGAGGUUGACAAAGGAUAUUUCUAUAAUCUGCUCAAUUCUCAUAAUAAUUGGAACCAAUCACUUCAAGAAAUGGCGGCUAUUGCAACGGAAUAUCUUCCUCAAUCUACUGGCAGAGACGCCUUAAAAUGUAAAUAUACACUUGCAAUAGAUGAAAUCGAACUCACUAAGUAUUUUACCAAAGUAGCCGAAAGUUUGCGUAAACAUCAACCAAUACUCAUGAGGAAAUAA